GACGAGGGCAGCUGAGGAGGCGAGGAGCGCCGGGUACCGGGCCGGGGGAGCCACGGGCUCUCGGGGAAGACGCGGAUGAUGAACAAGCUUUACAUCGGGAACCUGAGCCCCGCCGUCACCGCCGACGACCUCCGGCAGCUCUUCGGGGACAGGAAGCUGCCCCUGGCGGGACAGGUCCUGCUCAAGUCCGGCUACGCCUUCGUGGACUACCCUGACCAGAACUGGGCCAUCCGCGCCAUCGAGACCCUCUCGGGUAAAGUGGAAUUGCAUGGGAAAAUCAUGGAAGUUGAUUACUCAGUCUCUAAAAAGCUAAGGAGCAGGAAAAUUCAGAUUCGAAACAUCCCUCCUCACCUGCAGUGGGAGGUGUUGGAUGGACUUUUGGCUCAGUAUGGGACAGUGGAGAAUGUGGAACAAGUCAACACAGACACAGAAACCGCUGUUGUCAAUGUCACAUAUGCAACAAGAGAAGAAGCAAAGACAGCCAUUGAGAAGCUAAGCGGGCAUCAGUUUGAGAACUACUCCUUCAAGAUUUCCUACAUCCCGGAUGAAGAGGUGAGCUCCCCUUCGCCCCCUCAGCGAGCCCAGCGUGGGGACCACUCUUCCCGGGAGCAAGGCCACGCCCCUGGGGGCUCUUCUCAGGCCAGACAGAUUGAUUUCCCGCUGCGGAUCCUGGUCCCCACCCAGUUUGUUGGUGCCAUCAUCGGAAAGGAGGGCUUGACCAUAAAGAACAUCACUAAGCAGACCCAGUCCCGGGUAGACAUCCAUAGGAAGGAGAACUCUGGGGCCGCAGAGAAGCCUGUCACCAUCCAUGCCAGCCCAGAGGGGACCUCUGAAGCAUGCCGCAUGAUUCUGGAAAUCAUGCAGAAAGAGGCUGAUGAGACCAAACUAGCCGAAGAGAUUCCUCUGAAAAUCUUGGCCCACAAUGGCUUAGUUGGAAGACUGAUUGGAAAAGAAGGCAGAAAUUUGAAGAAAAUAGAACACGAGACGGGGACCAAGAUAACCAUCUCAUCAUUGCAGGAUUUGAGCAUAUACAACCCUGAGAGAACCAUCACUGUGAAGGGCACAGUCGAGGCCUGUGCCAACGCCGAGGCUGAGAUCAUGAAGAAACUGCGCGAGGCCUUUGAGAACGAUAUGCUGGCCGUUAAUCAACAAGCCAAUCUGAUCCCGGGGUUGAACCUCAGCGCACUUGGCAUCUUUUCGACGGGACUGUCCAUGCUGCCUCCACCAGCAGGGCCCCGCGGGGUACCCCCCACUGCCCCCUACCACCCCUUUACUAGUGCCUGGGAUCGAGUCCUGCCUCUACCUCCUCCGUUCCAGUUUCCUGCUAAUGUGUACCCUGGGAGGCAGCAGAUGAUGGCCCAGACACACUCCGGUUACUUCUCCAGCCUCUACCCCCACCACCAGUUCGGCCCGUUCCCACACCAUCACCCUUACCCAGAGCAGGAGAUCGUGAAUCUCUUCAUCCCAACCCAGGCGGUGGGUGCCAUCAUCGGGAAAAAGGGGGCACACAUCAAGCAGCUGGCCAGGUUCGCCGGCGCCUCCAUCAAGAUUGCUCCAGCAGAAGGCCCAGAUGUCAGUGAAAGGAUGGUGAUCAUCACUGGACCACCUGAAGCCCAGUUCAAGGCGCAGGGGCGGAUCUUUGGGAAGCUGAAGGAAGAGAAUUUCUUCAACCCCAAGGAAGAGGUGAAGCUGGAAGCCCACAUCCGCGUGCCCUCUUCCACAGCUGGCCGGGUGAUCGGCAAAGGUGGCAAAACCGUGAAUGAACUGCAGAAUUUAACCAGCGCAGAAGUCAUCGUGCCUCGUGACCAAACACCAGAUGAGAAUGAGGAAGUGAUUGUCAGAAUUAUCGGGCAUUUCUUUGCUAGCCAGACGGCACAGCGCAAGAUCAGGGAAAUUGUACAACAGGUGAAGCAGCAGGAGCAGAAGUAUCCUCAGGGAGUGGCCCCACAGCGCAGCAAGUGAGGCUCCCACAGGCACCAGCAAAGCAACGGAUGAAUGUAGCCCUUCCAACACCUGACAGAAUGAGACCAAACCCAGCAAGCCAGACCGGGAGCAAACCAAAGACCAUCCUGAGGAAUGAGAAGUCUGCCGAGGUGGCCGGGGCCCCGCAGAGGCCCUGCUCCCAGGGGCUGCAGCGGCGGGCCAGGAGGCUCCUCCAGGCCCCCGGCCGCCCCUGCCUGCCAGCCAGCACCUGCCCAGGGCCUCUGCGGGCCUCCCAGCCAUCCACUUCACCAUCCAUUUGGAUCUCCGAAACUCCCACGACGCUAUCCCUUUUAGUUGAACUAACAUAGGUGAACAUGUUCAAAGCAAAGCAGAUUUGACAGCCUUUUCUUUUUUCGGGGAACACUAUC